AUGGCAGCGUAUCGAUACCAAGUAGAGGAAAGUCAUCAUGACUUAGUCAAUUUAUUGACCCAACAAAUUACUACAAUUCUGAAUCCCAUGAUGGCCGAUUGUGAAUCAAAAUUCGAGCGUCUUGCUAGACAAGUCAAAUGGAUUGCUCAAAUUGUUGAUUAUGAUGAAGGUGAAGAGUAUAAUGCUAGGGGAAAUAAUGAAGGGAUAGAGAAUGUUUUUCAAAAUGAAAAUAAUGUUUUAAAUCAAGAAAACCCUUAUGUAGUUCCCCGAGGUCAAAAUAUCGAUGAUGUUUUUGCCAGAUUACGUGCUAAUCAUGGCGGCAAACGUUAUCAAGUUACUAGAAUUGUGGAAGAAGUGCUCAAUAGAGUGGGUCUAAAUGUUGGUUUCAUGAAUCGACCACACUUUGUGUCUGCUUUUUCCCAAGAUGUUCAAAUGGCCAAAGUGCCAAGGGGGAUAAAAAUUCCAAAGAUAGUCACAAAGUUUGCUGGAGAGGUUGGAGAAUCAACCACUGAACAUGUUGCUCGAUACUUGGUCGAGAUUGGAAACUUAGCUAAUGAUGAAAAUUUGAAAAUGAAGUUCUCUCCUUCUUCAUUGACGAAGAAUGCAAUUACUUGUUACAGAUCUAGUGGCCUUAAAUGUGAAGAUGGUGAGACCAUUGACGACUAUCUGAUACAUUUUAAGAACGCUACCUAUUUGGCUGAAAAGGUUCGUCAGACUGAACUUAUGAAAAAUGAGAAAGAAAAGUAUAGGAGUGAGCAACGAUCAAAGAGUAAAACUUUUACUCGAAAAGAAAAAGUUGCUUAUGUGACCAUGGAGUCCUCAGAAGAGGAAAUUGAUUUCGAAACAGAAGUUGAUUUGGCUGAACUUAAGAAAGGCCCUCCUUAUAUUUUUGAUGGUCUGCUUAAGGAUAAACAGUUAAUUCUACCUGAGGGUAGAACUUUACUUUCAGUAAAAGAUUUAAAAGAGAAACCUUAUUGUAAGUUUCACCAAGCAACAAGCCAUUCGACUAACAGUUGUGUCUGUUUCAGGGACUUAAUUCAGGAAGCAAUAAUGGAAGGACGGUUGAAAUUUGAUAAUGACAAGAAGGAAAUGAAGGUUGAUGCUGAUCCCUUCGAUGUUGAUACCAGUUAUGUCGAGCCAUGCUUUGGAGUGAACAUGGUUGGCAUGUCUUAUGACUUCGAUGUGACUCUAGAUGAUUUCGAGUCACAAGUGAGAUCUGUUUAUCCCAUAGCAGGGAAUGCUUUGUUGGAUUUUCUGGUUCAGCAAAAGAUUAAAGACCGGGAUGUAUCUCUGUGUUUGCGGUGCAAUGCUGUGUUUGACGCUAAAGCCACAGCAAUCUUCGAGAAGGAGAGAAUGAAAAAAGAAUUGGCUCAUAGAGAAGAGCAGGUGCGACAAAGACAGCCGAUUCGGCGCAUCGAGGGUUCUGGCUCAAAAACCCCUCAACAAAAUGUGGUUACACCUUUAUGCCGAUCCUAG